GGCGGGGCGGGCUGUUGCGCCACGCGCACGUGACUGUGGGCGGGCACUGGUGACGUCUGAGAGUCGGCGCGCGGGCGGGCCGGCCUGGGCGUGACGUCAGCGUGGGCUGGUCUGGUCCGUGCGGCUGCGCUCAGUCAUCGACCGACACCGACACCGACAGCAGCGGCGCCUCAAUCCUCCCGGCGGAGCGGCAAUCAUGUCUUCAAGCAACACAGCCAUCCUUCCUACUUUUACCAACGAUGACAGCCAGACAUCAAAACUUCUCAGAAAAUCCAAGGAGUCCCCAUUUGUUCCUAUUGGUAUAGCUGGGUUUGCCGCAGUGGUGGGCUAUGGACUCUUCAAACUGAAGAGCAGAGGGAACACAAAAAUGUCGGUGCAUCUCAUCCACAUGCGAGUGGCAGCUCAAAGCUGUGUUGUGGGAGCAAUGACUAUAGGAGUUCUCUACUCAAUGUACAGAGAAUACAUUGUGAAGCCAAAAGAGAAUGCCAAGGCUGUGGCCGAGAAGUGAAGUUGGAUUCUGCACUGUUGAGAUUGGUAUUAGGGAUGCCAUAUAUAUUGGGGUGUUAGGGAAUUUUUGUUUCCUUUCACCUUUAUUUAUAUAAAUGCUCUUCAGAUAUUUAAAACUUUUAUUUUAGUUGCAGUUGUGUGUUUCGGACGUAAACUAGUACCUCACUUUGUGAGCUCCUCGGUAUUGAGAGAAUCUGUCUGUUCAAACUACAUUUCACAGAGUACAUUUUUUUUUCGUUCCAUUUGGAAUCAAUCACGACCAAACUCGUUUAUAAGGGGGUGGGAGG